GAUGUCCGUUAUUGCUGAUUUUGAUAAGAUGGCUAAAGCUCCCUCCAGGCCAAGCUGGGCAGCCCACCAGACUACAACGUACCCAGUGACUAAAGCGAAUGCCAAAAGUCUGGCUCAGAGCACAGAGUGGAAUGCUGGGAUUCGACCCGCACCUGUAGCAUCUGCUGUACCCAAAAUAUCUGAACGUGGAAAGAAAGCCUACACAAGGACCUCCAGAAGCUCCCCAAGUAAAUACAUUCUCCUUUUCUAGUGGUUGGGAUAUCCCGAUGCAAAAGAUAAUUAAAUUGUCACAUUUGUUUUUUAAUCUUUCUUUUAUUGAGGCCAAAUAUGGUAUAAUUACAGAAAAGAGAAAAUGGAGUGUUAGCAAGGAUAUACAAAGUGGUUGAAUGAUUGUUGUACAGUACUAACGACUCCUGCGUAAACUGCCUCAUUUUAUAAUAAGUAGUUACAAGCUAGGCAAACCUACCGCGAGACAAGAUUCAUGACAUAUUCUAGGCUAGAAAUUAUCAUACUUAGAGAAAGAUAUAGGCUACAUAUCUGUAAGUACGGUCGGUAUGCUUAUAAAUCAGGAUAAACCAGGUAUAAACAAUGCAUAUCUUAAGCGUAGUAGGCUGGGUACAUAAACGCAGAUCGGCCGUUUCUCCCUUCCAGAGUCAGGGCCACGGAUCUGAUUCGAACCCCUGAGGGUUCCAGAUUGUAGCAAACUCCCUUAGAGGAACACCUUAACCUGCAGGAGCAGGUAAGUAUGCCCGAGAGCUGCAGCAGAAGGUGGAUUAGAGGCAUAAAAUCAGGAUUUGAUGGCAGAUCGUGCGGAGUUCACUGAAAACAUGUCUGCCCACCAUGCUGUCCAGGCUUGCCCCUCGAAUUGUCACAUUAUAUGUUUCUGAGGAAUGUAGUUAACACCAGCUGAGGUCAGGUCGAUCCUUUGUACAAAGAAGGACCAUAUCUGAUUAAGUAAAGUGUCACUCACACCAGACAAAGAGCCAAAACAGCGUGUUUUGUUUAUUAAACAAAUGUUAUUGAGUUUUUGAACAGAAAAGAAACAUGUCCAUUUAAUACAAACACAAUAUAAAAAAGGAAACUAAAAAAUGCAAUUAAUAUCUAAACCAAAUUAAAAUAUUACAAAAGAGAAAUACAAAGAAAUAAAAAGCGUAUAUUAAAACCCACCCAGAAUUUUAAUAUAAAAUAAGAGGAAAAGACUAGCAUUUUUACAGCAGCCUUGCUGCUUGUUUUGAUAUCACCUAGUGCUCACAAGAUCCAGGAUUUCCCAAUAAAAGGGAAGAUAAAUCGUUUUCUAAAUCCUUUAAAUGCAAAAGAACUUGUAGUUUGUAGUUAUUCGUUUUCAAAGAGAGAACAUUUAUUGUUUGUUUUAACUUAUUUUAGAUUGCCAAUUUAUAGUACAAAUGAUAAGUUUAUUAUUACUGGUAAUUAUAAAGCACCAGGAUAUUCCAUACAACAUUUGAUAUGCCAUUACGUUUUCUUUUCUUUCUAUCUCUAUUAAUCUGCCAGGACCCUGUUAAGAUAUAGGUUAAAUAUGACAUGUAAUAUGAACAAUCAGUGCAAAGUAACAUAUUGUUUUAUUUAUAUCCCAUUUAGCAGCCCCUUUAUUCGAGAGUCAGCCCUGGGAAUUGCCCCCAUCGAAUGCAGGAUCGGAUGAAGAAUAGGAUUACUGCACCUACUGGUAUACUCCAGCACUCGAGAGAACAAGGUGGCCGCCAUGUUUAACUUUACUGGGAUUUAACUCAUGUCUCGGUCCCCAGAACAUGACCCCAUCUUCCAUGUUUUGUUAUUUACAGUGCCUUAGAUCCAAUCUCCCCUUUUAUGUGCUGUCUGCUUGUUCCUUGCAUAUUUUGUUCCUCCUCAGUCAUUGACGUGACAUCAUUAAGCCUAAAGGAGGAAGAGAAAGGUACAGACACAAUGGACAUUACAAUCCCAUGACCUGCCCUGAUUGCCUGAGUCUGAGUUCCCUGGGGGGUGACUAAUGACCCUCGAAGUACAUUGAUUAACCUCAUCUUGACAGAUUACAUACCACAACUGUCACAAUAUACAGAGAUUUGCCUUUUAGUCACUGAUUUAACUUAUCAAACACUGAAUUGUCAACCAAUUAUGUCUACUUUAGGCUGAAAUAGCCAAGUGUUAAAGUGGAUGCGUUAUCGGCUUAUAUUUUUUCAAAUUACGCUAUUAAGGGAAUUACUUACAGCUCAAUGUAGUGGUUAUGGUGUCUAUAGCCUGUCCCUGCAGCGUGUGCACUGUAAACACUGCCUAUUCAGAGAAAAGGAAGUGUUUAUAUUGCUGCCUAGCAACACCUCUAGUAGCAGUCACUCAGACGGUCACUAGAGGUGCUUCCCUAUGGGAAAACAUUGGAUUGGCUGAGAUUGUCACAUUUCAUGAUCUCAGUCAUGGAGACAGAGCCAUCUGCAGCAAGUAGGUGGCACUGGAAACAAGGUUUAUAUAUUCAUAAACCACUUGAGGUUUAUGAAUUUUGAAAAUCAUGAAUUUAGCCUUUCACUCAAAGCAACAGAAUCCAUUACAGAGCACUAAUGGCGUGCAUGCAGUAGCAAUCAUGUUGUUUGGAAAGCUCAGAUAGCCGGUGACAUUUCUGAGUAAAGACAUUUGUGAGCAUAAAUGUAUGACAUCAAAAGAUCACGUUAAAGCACCUUGUGAUAAUUGUAUGAGGUGCAGUGCAGAGAGCUCCCUGCUGAGCGUGCCUUAUACAGACACUCCUCACUUACCAACCGGGUUCUGUUCCUACGACCCGGUCGUAGAACAAAUUGGUCGGUAAGUGAGGAGUUUAGGGAUUCCCUGCUCUGGUGCAUUCGUCUGUGUUCGGGGAAACUUCCCUGAACAUAGAUGAACCCACCAGCGCAGGGAACACCUCUAAUCUAUCGGGGAAGUUUCCCCGAACAUAGACAUGCGCACCAGAGCACGGAAUCCCCACAACCGCUCGCACUUACUCCUGGUUGUAAGUGCGAGCCGUCAUAACACAAGUAGGUCACUAAACGAGGACCAUCUGUAAAUGCAAUUUAUUUCAGUGCAUACACAAUUGUGAAUCAGGCUGUGUAUAAACUGAUUGCAAUCACAGUAUGGCAGCUCUCAGUUUAUUUAAUUUCACUUGUUCUAUGUGAUGAGUGGAAUAAACUACAGUGGUACCUCAGAACUCGAACUUAAUCUGUUGCAGAAGGCUGUUUGAGAACCGAUUUGUUCGAAAACCGAAUCAGAUUUUUUUCCAGAAGAAUUAAUGGAUUAAUAGAUUAAUCCGUUUCCAGACUCCCAAAAUUACAGCAUUUUAACACAAAUUUUACAGUUUAAUAAUACCUUACAUGCAUAAAAUCAUACAGUAAAACAAUAAACACAAUGUAAAUGAAUUGAAAAUGUAACUUCUCUUUACCUGUCAGCUCUGUUCUCUGACAGAUUUGAGCUCUGUUUGCUUUGUCUAGUGCUAGGAUGCCGAUGCGUCAUACCAACGAGGUUAAUGCUGUGUGAGUUUUGUUCUAAUACCGAGUUUUGGUCUGGUACCGAGAAUUUUUAUUUUAUUAUUUUAUGUUUAAAUAUCGAACUGCUCAGGUAAAGGAGAGUUCGAGUUCGGAGGUUGCACUGUACUUAACUCAUAAUGGGAGUAAAUAACUCACAAAAUAGAAUCACAGGCUCUGGAUUGGUCGAGACUCGUCCUUCUGUGAGCUCGCUUGCUGCAGCACUUUGCUGACAAAUUUUAGAUAGUGUUGUAGUAUUUAAUUUAAUUAUUUUAACUUGUUUGCAUAUUCUUUUUUAUGAUGCUUUAUACAUUGGAUGUCUGUUCUUGCCCGUUAGGGCCUCGAUUUAAUAAUUCUGGAUACGCUUUUUAAAUGAUUUAAU